AUGAAAAGUGUUUUGCAAAAUGCAUCAAAGGACAGCACAGUAAGGAGAAAUAGGCAAGUCGGGGGUUACUGAGAUUUUAAGUACACUGUUCAGGGUAGGUCUCAUUUAAAAAGUGACCUUUGACAAAAGAUUGAACUGCAUUUAAGAAUACGGAAUUAAGACUACAUGGAGCUGACAGCUUUCUCAAUAGACCACUAUCAUCAGUUGAUUCAAACAAAUAAAUGGCCAUGUUGUAAACCAAGCCCACUUCCAAAGCUUGUUGAGAGUCUGUUGACUUGAACUGCAAAACCUGCAUCACUCUCAUUUUAUUAUGCUUCUAAAUGUAAAUGAGUUUGAGAUUUACGCCACUGCAUUUUAGCUCUAUUUUUUCUAUUUUAGGAAAAGAGUGGAGUUCAUGAUGGGGCAUGAGAAUCACAGUUUCACCAGUGAUUUCAUUCUUUUAGGACUCUUUUCUUCUUCUCAAUCAAGUCUAGUUUUCAUCUCCUUUAUAUUCAUCAUUUUUAUUAUGACUAUAACAGAAAACACAAUCAUGAUCCUCCUUAUCCUCAGGGACUCAAGACUCCAUACUCCAAUGUAUUUCCUGCUCAGCCAUCUGUCUUUCAUGGACAUCUUGCAUAUUUCCAACAUUGUUCCCAAAAUGGUCACUGACUUUCUGUCAGGCAGCAGAACUAUUUCAUUCACAGGUUGUGGCUUCCAGAUAUUUCUAUCCCUCACCCUCCUGGGUGGUGAGUGCCUUCUCCUGGUGGCAAUGUCUUAUGAUCACUAUGUAGCCAUCUGUCACCCACUGCACUAUCCCAUUCUUAUGAAUGACUAUGUCCGCAUUCUCAUGGCUAGAGGGUCCUGGAUUGUUGGGACCGUCAACUUCAUAGUCCACACAGCUUAUGCACUCCAGUUUCCCUUCUGUGGCCCAAGAGCCAUUGAUCACUUUUUAUGUGAAGUCCCUGCCAUGUUGAAGUUGUCCUGUGUGGACACAACACUCUAUGAACGAGGAGUUUAUGUAAGUGGCUUAAUUUUUCUCCUUGUCCCUUCCUCCCUAAUCCUUGCUUCUUAUGUCCAAAUUCUCCUUACUGUUCUUCAAAUGAAAUCAUCAGAAGUACGGAAAAAGUCAUUUUCUACCUGUUCCUUCCACAUGAUUGUGGUCACAAUGUACUAUGGGCCAUUUAUUUUCACAUACAUGAGACCCAAAUCAUACCACACUCCGGGCCAGGACAAAUAUUUGGCAAUAUUCUAUACCAUCCUCACACCCACACUGAACCCUAUCAUCUACAGUUUUAGGAAUAAAGAUGUUCUGAAAGCAAUGAAAAAUAUGCUCAAAGUAACUUUCUCCAUUAAAGAUAGUAAUAAAAAUGCUUGA